AGCUUCCUUCUCUCUCUAGCCUUGCAUGCCUCCUCAGCCAUACGCGCCAACCACAAACUGCUGACCUCGCCAUUGCCCAUUCAUCUCCCCUUCCCCGGCCGGCUACCCACAGUAGAUGGACAGCCGGAGCCAGGCGCCCCACAAGUCCAGCAGCUUCUCACCGGCGACCACCCGAGACGACGGCGGCAGGACCCGGGAGGUCGACCGCAACCUCUCCCUCGGCGCCGUCCGCCACACCGACAAGAGGGACCUGCACCACGGGUCGUCCGGCAGCGUCGCCAGGGAGCAGAUCAAGGAGGAGUGCGAAGAGGAGGGUGAAGGUACCGCCGACCAUGGCGCGCCAGGAGGAGACGGCGGCGGACGUGCAGAUGGGGAUCACGGUGAGGGCGCCGCGGGAGGGUUCGGCGGCGAGCCGGAUCUUGCUGCGUUGUCGGUGGAGAUCGACGCGUUCGUCGCAGGGCAGGAUGGGGACGCGCCGGUGAGCGUCACGGAGGCGACGCUGGAGAAGUUCGCGUCCGCCGUCGAGCUGGUGAUCGCGCAGUCGGAGGGAGCCGAGGACAGGUGGGCGACGGACGCCAGCGGCGAGCCGCCAGCGCUGCUCGCCGCGAUAACGCGCAUCGCCGCUCUCGCGUCCGCGCUCGGCAGGAACCCGGAGGGGAGCGGCAAGUACACCGCCGCCGUGCACCGAGUCACCGGCGUGUUGCACCGGGCCAUGGCGUUCCUCGAGGACGAGUUCCACGCGCUGCUCGAGGACCCGCGCGUCCCCAAGGCGGCCAACGAGCAGGGCGCGCACGAGCCCGACCGUUGCGUCCUCCCACCCCCGCCGUCGGAGGCCAGCGGCGCCGGGGGAGAGGCCGCGCUGCCGUACCCGCCUGAGACCGUGGACCGGCUGCGGUCCAUGGCGGAAGCCAUGAUCGCCGCCGGGUACGCGACGGAGUGCACGCAGAUGUUCCUGGUGGCGCGGCGGAACGCGUUCGACGCAGCGCUGCAGGGGCUCGGGUAUGAGAAGGCGAGCAUCGACGACGUGGUGAAGAUGGCGUGGGAGGCGCUGGAGGCGGAGAUCGUGGCGUGGAUCAAGGCGUUCCGGCACGCCAUCAACGUCGGCCUCUCCACGGAGCACGACCUCUGCACCCGCGUAUUCGCCGGCCGCCACGCCGCCGUUGGCCUUGGUAUCUUCGCCGACCUCGCGCGCUGCGUCAUGCUCCACAUGCUUAGCUUCACAGAAGCCGUGGCCAUGACCAAGCGCGCCGCCGAGAAGCUCUUCAAGGUGCUCGACAUGUACGAGGCCGUCCGCGACGCGUCCCCGGUCAUCGACGCUUUCCUCUCCGCGCCUGCCGACGAGCCCGCCGCCGACUGCAACAGCUCCGCGCUGACGGAACUCAAGGCCGAGACCGCCGCCGUGCGGUCCCGCCUCGGCGAGUCGGCCGCCGCCAUCUUCCGCGAGCUGGAGAGCUCGAUCCGCGCUGACGCCGGCAAGCAGCCGGUCCCGGGCGGCGCCGUGCACCCGCUCACCCGCUACGUGAUGAACUACCUCAAGUACGCGUGCGAGUACAACAGCACGCUGGAACAGGUGUUCCGUGAGCACCACCGGCGUGACGGCGGCGACGGCGACGACAACAACAACCCGUUCGCGGCGCAGCUGAUGGAAGUGAUGGAGCUCCUCCACAGCAACCUGGAGGCGAAGUCGCGGCUGUACAAGGACCCGUCGCUGAGCAGCAUCUUCCUAAUGAACAACGGGCGGUACAUGCUGCAGAAGAUCCGUGGCUCGCCGGAGAUCAACGCCAUGCUCGGUGAGGCGUGGGCGCGGAAGCAGUCGACGAGCCUGCGGCAGUACCACAAGAACUACCAGCGGGAGACAUGGAGCCGCGUGCUGGGGCUGCUCCGCGAUGACGGUGUGCUGACCGUGAAGGGGCACGUGCAGAAGCCGGUGCUCAAGGAGCGGUUCAAGCAGUUCAACGCCGCCAUGGACGAGAUCCAGCGGACGCAGGGCGCGUGGGUCGUCAGCGACGAGCAGCUGCAGUCGGAGCUGCGCGUCUCCAUCGCCGCCGUCGUGGUGCCGGCCUACCGCUCCUUCCUCGGCCGCUUCGCGCAGCGCUUCAGCGCUGGCAGGCAGACGGAGAAGUACGUCAAGCUCAGCGCCGAGGACGUCGAGACGCUCAUCGACGAGCUCUUCGACGGCAACGCCACGUCCAUGGCCAGGAGGAGGACACGACAAUAACACUAGCUCUGCUUGAUAACAUCCGUGGCGGCGCGCAUUCGUUUGAGCUAAUUCAUCCUCGAUUUGAACACUGUCUUAAUUUUUGUUUUGAUCUUCUUUUUCCGGUUAAAGAAUGUUAAUUUGGUCCAACAGGUGAUGUACUUACUGCAUUAAUUUAUCAGGAGUCAGGGCAGCUAGAUUUCUGUAUGUAUUGCCUGAUGACAUUAAAAUUGUUCUUUAAUUGGUUAAU